CAACUACCAGCACUGUUAUCAAGGCAAGCCGAAGCCGCUUCCUUUCUGCCGGAAUGUAAACGGUUUUUGUUCUGUGGGCAAUUUUAUUUCAUUUGUAAAUGUGCGGGCGUUCAAAACAACCCUCUAUUUUAAAGUUUGAGUUUCUUUCAAUUUAUUUUUAUUUUUCAAAAUGAGCUUAAAAAAGCACAAGAAGCACAAGUCUGAGAAACGCGAUCGACAUGAAGACAAACUGCAUUCUGGUGGUGACAAACCACCCAGCCUCCGAUUAAUUUUGAAAAUGAGCAACUCUACUCCUGACAAUUCGUGCGAUUCUAUGGGGCCCAUGGUAGAUGAAGAAACUAGUAGACUGUCAGCUGCAUCAUCUUCUCAUUUGACAAGUGUAAGGGACGACAUUCUGAACUCCGCCAAUGCUUCAUCUGAUCGCUCUCACAAAAAAGCCAAAAAGAAGAAGAAAAAGAAGGAGAAGGACCGAGAUAAGCAUGAGAAAAAACACAAACAUCAUCAUAAGGAAAAACGGAAACGGCGAGAAGAAUCUAGUCAGGAUGACAAUAGUGUCGGUGAAGAAAGUUUAUCAGAACCUCCAGCCAAGCGUGUUGGUUUAGAUGGAAACCAGAUGAUUGAUGAGCAGAUGAUGGCUGUUGCUCGUGAAGUUGAUGCUGCUGCUCGGGAACCAAGGUCAUGCGUUUUACGUCAGAGACAAGAACGUUCUGCACUUCAGAGGUUACUAGAGUACCUUUUAAAAGCAUUGGAGAAGAAAGACCCUAAGCAGCUCUUUGCAUGGCCAGUGACUGACCAUAUUGCUCCAGGGUACUCAUCAAUUAUAUCUCAACCAAUGGACUUUAGUACCAUGAAGCAGAGAAUUGAUAAUGGAAUCUACAUGUCACUCUCACAAUUUAUCGAUGACUUUAAGCUGUUGUGUAACAAUGCUAUGGUGUACAAUCAGCCCAAUACCAUUUACUACAAGGCUGCCAAGAAACUGCUCUCCUCUGGUGUCAAAAUGAUGAGUCCUGACAAAUUGAAACCUUUACGCUCUGUAUUGACUUACUUGGGUGAUAUUGGACGGGAGGCUUUAGGGUUUGAUGUAGGAGAAGGUUUUGUACCUUCGGAUCUUAUUCCCUCUGGUAGUCCAUCAGCAGCUGUGUCCGAUGUUGGCACUGAAGAUCCUCUGCAUGGGGAAGAAAGCAUGGAAGUUGAUAUCAAGAAGAAAGAACAUAAACCAGUAAUAAGCAAAUUUGAAGCUAUUCCUGAUGACUUAUCUCCUGAAGAAAUUCUUGAGCAAGCCAAGAGGGCUAGUCAAAAUGCUGCAGCAAAAUUGGCGUCUAAAAAAAACAAGACAAUGAUGGGCUUUUUACGCCAACGCAAGGAUGGUACCACAUCUCUAAAUAUCUUAGUGCCAGGGGAUGGAGUAGACUUUGAAAAGAAAGAAAAAACUGUGUUACUAGGAUCAGUAACAGGCAAACUAACCCAUGGAACAGGGACAAUUCUAGGUUUCCGAGAAGACAGGAGAAAUUUAGCCAAGACAGUGAAACCUCUGUACUAUGGUGCUUUUGGAUCAUAUGCACCAUCCCAUGACUCAACGUUUGCGAAUCUUAGCAAGGAUGAAUCUGAUCUUGUAUAUCAAACAUAUGGUGAUGAAGCUGCUGUUCAAUAUGCAGAAAGUAUUCUUGAUUUUGCAAAAGACAAUGACUAUACCAUUACAAUGGUUGACAAUCUUCUUGACAUAUUGACACAUGGCGAGCAUCGGAGAACAAAGAAAAACCUUGAUGACCGACGAAAAAUGCGAGAAGAGGAAGAACGCAUGCGAGUCAUUUUAGACAGUGCUAAAAGUCAUGAUAGUGUCCAGUCUUCUCCCCAAAUUGUGCCGACUCAAGGAACUUCUCAGACCCAAACUCAUCCGGUUUCACAAGUCAGCAUCCCUCCUCAAGCUAUGAACCUAGAUAACCUAAAUUCAUUGAGUGAUCUUGGUAUUGACAUUAGUUUCUUGGAAGGAGUAGAAACCCUCAAGAAAGAAGUUGAGGAUCAAAGGCAAACUCAAGUUCAACUGAACACUACUGGAGGACUUAUUGAGAAUUUGCAGCAGGUGCAGAGUGAUCGGUUGAGCACUGCUCCACCCUCUCAUCUCUCACAAGUCCUUCAACCCACUGUAGCCGAGCAAUCAUUAGUUGAUAAAAUUACUGAAAAUCUUACUGAUUUGGCUAAAAGAGUUCCCCCAGCAGCCAUUGUACCUGUAGCAGGUAUUCGUAAAGCCUUAGGCGUCUCACCUGAAAUUCAAAAUACAAGUGAGGGUGUGAGCUCCACUUCAAGUGGUCACAUGCAUGUCAAUGAAGCCAGUCAUUCAAGAGGUCCUACAACUGCCAGUGCUGCUGCUGGAACAUCGGCUGUCCCUGACCUUGAAACAGAACUCCGAGAAUUUUUAGAAAAUGAAACAUCAAUAGGUAAUCCAGUGGUUAUGCAUGAUGACCAAUCUAUUGAUGAGAUAUUCUCAGUUUCAUAAUGGAUGGUUUAGGUGUUUCUCUUUAUCCAUAUUUUAAAGAUGCAGUAGGCAUAUACAUUCUUUUUUUUGCCUUCUUUUUUUUUUAAGAAAAGGGUGGUUUUUGCAGUUUUUACUAACUAACUUGUCAUGCUAUGGAAGAUCUUUUCCAAUGGCCAUGAUUUCUCAUCAAAGGAAACUCACCAUAGUGUAAUUUAAGAAGUUUUU